GGAGGGGCCCCUUUGUCAUGGUGGGCUGGUGGAUGCGGCAGGAAGGGGAUGUGGCCUGUGGCUGAAUUCUGCUCUCUUUGAAAGCCAGGGAAGUGGCUCCCACAAUAAGCCAAGAUGAGAGAACUCUAGGGUCCCUGCCUGGGCCCUCCAGAGUUCUCUCCUCUAGCCUCUGGCCUCUGGGUUAGAUUUCCCUCAAGACACCCUAAGCUGGGGCACAGUUUCCACUGUGAGCUAGAAGUUUCCGUUUUCUUGAAUGUAAAUGGGGGGCGAUAGUAGUCACUUCCUUUCAGUUUUUGCUCAAAUGUCACCACAGAGAGCCCUCUCUGACCAUCCUGUUCCCAACUGCCAGGACUCUGCCUCCCCUACCUUCUCGAUCCUUUCGCUGCUUUGUUUUUCUGAACGGCACUUUUCACUUUCUAGGAGGCUGUGUAACUGAUUUAUUGAUUUUUGUCUGCUUUUUCCCCCCAACCCCCAAAUACUAGAGCCACAGGGCAGGAAGCUUUGCCUAUUUUGUUCCUGUGUCCCCAGAACCUAAAGCAAUGCCAGGCACUCAAUACAUAUUUGUUGAAUGAACACUUGAAGGAUGCGUGUGAAGUGUUUCGCAGGAUUCUUGGCAUCUUAAGAUUAUUGCUGCUGCUGUUGUUUGCUGUGUGACUUGAGCACAUUCCUUAGCCUCUCUGGCCCUCUGUCUCACAGUAUGUAAAAUGAGAAGAGUGAACCACUAAAGAUCCAUGAGCUUCCUUCGAACUCUAAAAAUCUUGGUGCCUCCAAAUGCUCAAGAAAGUUCUUCCCAAACCUCAACAGGAACUCCUUUUUCUUUUUUUGCAGUUCUCAGCAGCAGCUCAGCUGGGACUUAGCCGGAGGCGCUAAGGACUCCUUUUGCAAUAGCCCUUCCUCUACUUCUUUUGACUCUGAGGAUCAGAAUAGGAUAUAGGUUUGGGAUCACGAGUCAGCCCAAUGUUUCUUGGAACAGUUUCCAUUCAGAUAGUUAUGUUUUAUUUCGUUGACUUUGAUGUGUUGCUUCUGGCACUUUAUUGUUUUCAAUAGAGGGCAAUUCAUGAUGUGCAUAAUUAAAGGUCAUUUGAUUUUCAUUUCUUUGUUAAGAGUUUCAUAAAAACAAACAGAGUUCAGGAGAAAGCAAUUGCCAGACCACGCGCCCAGAGACCAUGUGCCCUGAUUUGGGAUUUGGACACCUGGUCCUUGGAGAUGAAGGUUCCCACUGUCCUGCCAUAGGUGGGGCUCUGUCCCUGGCCUGGAACGUCCCCUGUGGGGAUAGCGUCAUCCCUCAGAAGGCUCUGGAGCAUCUGUUUCAGGGGCUCAGGUCAACAGGACCAAGACCAUCCUCUCAAGGCUCUGCCCUUUCUCUCAGGGCCCCUCUGAAGAAGUAGCUCAGAACACUCCUCUGCUUCUGUGGGGGCAGUUUCAGGAGUAAAGGCAGCUUCAGGUUCCCGGUAUUUGGAAUUUGGUAUUCGCUGAGUAACUGGGAUGGCCUCGAUGAGGGGCAGAGGAACAGGUCUGGCUAGUUCUGUGUUGUUUAUACUGGGGAUUACUUCACACAUCCCAACCGGCUUCCCCGCCCCGUUUGGUGGGGGCUGGCCCUUGGCCCUCCAACUCCUUUACCCUACAUGCCUGAGAAGCCAGGGGCCAAGAUGGAUCUUCUCCUCGACAUCAGCUAAGCCUGGAGGACUCUUCCCCUCAGAGACCAUGGAGAGGGACAGCCACGGGAAUGCAUCUCCAGCAAGAACACCUUCAGCUGGAGCAUCUCCAGCCCAGGCGUCUCCAGCCCAGGCAUCUCCAGCUGGGACACCUCCGGGCCGGGCAUCUCCAGCCCAGGCAUCUCCAGCUGGGACACCUCCAGGCCGGGCAUCUCCAGCCCAGGCAUCUCCAGCCCAAGCAUCACCAGCCCAGGCAUCUCCAGCCCGGGCAUCUCCGGCUCUGGCAUCACCUUCCAGGUCCUCAUCCGGCAGGUCAUCAUCCGCCAGGUCAGCCUCCGUGACAACCUCCCCAACCAGAGUGUACCUUGUUAGAGCAACACCAGUGAGGGCUGUACCCGUCCGAUCAUCUCCUGCCAGGUCAGCACCAGCCACCAGGGCCACCAGGGAGAGCUCAGGUACGAGCCUGCCCAAGUUCACCUGGCGGGAGGGCCAGAAGCGGCUACCGCUCAUCGGGUGUGUGCUCCUCCUCAUUGCCCUGGUGGCUUCGCUCAUCAUCCUCUUCCAGUUCUGGCGGGGCCACACAGGGAUCAGGUACAAGGAGCAGAGGGAGAGCUGUCCCAAGCACGCUGUUCGCUGUGACGGGGUGGUGGACUGCAAGCUGAAGAGUGACGAGCUGGGCUGCGUGAGGUUUGACUGGGACAAGUCUCUGCUUAAAAUCUACUCUGGGUCCUCCCAUCAGUGGCUUCCCAUCUGUAGCAGCAACUGGAAUGACUCCUACUCAGAGAAGACCUGCCAGCAGCUGGGUUUCGAGAGUGCUUACCGGACAACCGAGGUUGCCCACAGGGAUUUUGCCAACAGCUUCUCAAUCUUGAGAUACAACUCCACCAUCCAGGAAAGCCUCCACAGGUCGGAAUGCCCUUCCCAGCGGUAUAUCUCUCUCCAGUGUUCCCACUGCGGACUGAGGGCCAUGACCGGGCGGAUCGUGGGAGGGGCGCUGGCCUCGGAUAGCAAGUGGCCUUGGCAAGUGAGUCUGCACUUCGGCACCACCCACAUCUGUGGAGGCACGCUCAUUGACGCCCAGUGGGUGCUCACUGCCGCCCACUGCUUCUUCGUGACCCGGGAGAAGGUCCUGGAGGGCUGGAAGGUGUACGUGGGCACCAGCAACCUGCACCAGUUGCCUGAGGCAGCCUCCAUUGCCGAGAUCAUCAUCAACAGCAACUACACCGAUGAGGAGGACGACUAUGACAUCGCCCUCAUGCGGCUGUCCAAGCCCCUGACCCUGUCCGCUCACAUCCACCCUGCUUGCCUCCCCAUGCAUGGACAGACCUUUAGCCUCAAUGAGACCUGCUGGAUCACAGGCUUUGGCAAGACCAGGGAGACAGAUGACAAGACAUCCCCCUUCCUCCGGGAGGUGCAGGUCAAUCUCAUCGACUUCAAGAAAUGCAAUGACUACUUGGUCUAUGACAGUUACCUUACCCCAAGGAUGAUGUGUGCUGGGGACCUUCGUGGGGGCAGAGACUCCUGCCAGGGAGACAGCGGGGGGCCUCUUGUCUGUGAGCAGAACAACCGCUGGUACCUGGCAGGUGUCACCAGCUGGGGCACAGGCUGUGGCCAGAGAAACAAACCUGGUGUGUACACCAAAGUGACAGAAGUUCUUCCCUGGAUUUACAGCAAGAUGGAGAGCGAGGUGCGAUUCAGAAAAUCCUAACCAGCUGGCCUGCUGCUCUGCACAGCACCGGCUGCUGUGAAGACUCUGGCCACGGUGACUGGCCAUGUGUGGCAUCAUCUGGGCUAAUGGCCACCGGGCACCAUCGGACUCCCACCUCCACUGUCUGCUGCCUCUGUGUGUGUGUGUGUGUGUGUGUGUGUGUGUGUGCAUAUGUGUGCAUUGCCACUCUCCCAAGUUUUUCAGAAACCAGCAGAGCUGUCAACUCUUCUCAAAAUCCCAGGCUGGAAAUUACCUGGAAACAAGAACUUGAGUACCGUGGAUGUUCCUACAGGGGUGUCCAUAGAUGGAUGGAGGAGGUGGAGCCCAGAGCCCAAGGAAGAGCUGGGAAUUCUUGCUUCUCUGACCCUCACUUACAGACUAGCCCAGUGUGGGCAGAUGCCAGCGGCCCAGGUGACGCCAUUGCUGUCCUGAGAUGGAUCGUGGGUUUUGGUGGAUGCAGCUUCCCAGGGCCUGGACCGUCUUCGGUGAAAAGCUGCUCCCAUUGGCGUUAUGAGCAUCAAGCCCUCACCCAGACCCCCUGCUGGUGCCGUGGAUGUCACCAGUCGGGCUGUGCUGUGGCUAACCAGGCUGACAACUGAGAUGAGGAUUCACUGUAUUCAUUUGGUCACAAGCUGCUGGGGCAGGUUUUAUUUUAUUUUAUUUUUAUAUUUAAGAAAUGAAAAUACGGGUAUUUUUAAAGAUUCUCCAAAAAGUCCAGAAGCCUUGACAGCUGGCAUCAAUCAGCCCAAGACCCCCAGGGGAUUCAUGGGAAAUGUCGUAUUUUAGAGUCCUACAGAAUAUUUCUGGCCUCAAGGAACUGGAUGAAGAGACUGGACAAAGUCCCCAGGAUGGGCAUCCCCCAAGUCACUACAGCAUCUGGAGCCCCUAGGAGAUACUCAGGGAAGCAAAUCCUUGUUUGGGCUGGCAAGCAAAUCUGACACGACGAGGUCCACAAACUGUUUCUGCAUCCCAGGGCUCUGACGAAGGCAUUAAGAAAUGGAUGCUGUUCCUGCGUAGGCUCCCAGGGGCCCCAGGGAGGUCUGGGUGGACUGCCUCUCUCAUUCCCAGGAGCUGUCCUGGGACUUUGGGAUUUCUUCUCAGCUUUCUCCACCUUUCAGUUUCUCAGUUGUUUCAGAAACAUAGCACUGACAUAAAAACUGCUAUGGAGAGAAAGCUAACAUGGUCCCAUGCCUUCCGGGCAGCCCUGCUGAAGGAUCUAAGUUGGCCCUGUUCCUGCAAAUCAUCAAUGUGCCUGGACUCGCCAGCUAAAAGCCUGGGCCUUCUCCAGCCUUUUUUCUGGGGCACCUAUUCCUCUGCCAGUCCUGCUCCCCUCACCUUCCUUGGGCCUGUCAGGGUCUUUUGUGGUGCUGUGCUUCUCAGAGGCAGGAUCCAAGCAGAUCAGCCCAGCCUAGCCCAGCUCAGGCAGGCCGUGGCCGCUCAAGGGAAAGACUACCCCAGAAGAGCAAGCUGGAGAGGCUGGGCAGGGGCUGAUGGGGCUGGGUACACUGGGGAAUGUUAGCAAGACUGGGAAGGAGGCCACAUUCCUGUCUGCAGCAGCCCCCAGCGAUGGUCUUCAGCAAUAAAAGUUGUGUGACCUGAGA